AAUUUGGUUGGGUAAAAAAAGAGUUGAAAUCUAGAGAAUUGGCGAUGGAGACGAAGGAAGAUGAGUUGCUUCAGCCAGUUAGCCCUAAUGCCCAGCACAUGAACUGCUCAGUACAAUCCAUUUCUAUUAUUGCUGUUUUGGAAUUUGAUAUCGCCAUUGAUGAACUCAAAUUUAUGUGCUUUGCUAAGGAUCUCAUCCAUCUCAACCCGCUCUUUACUUCGGUUAUGGUGAAUGAUGUAAAUGGAGAGAGAAAAUGGAAGAAAGUUGAACUAAAAAUUGAAGAGCAUAUUAUUGUGCAUACUCCACCCUCAAACUUAUCACUUCAACUCUUCGAUGCUUAUUUCAAUGAAUAUAUGACGAAUUACGCUCUACAAGAGUUGUCUCAAAAUAAACCGUUGUGGGAAAUUCAUAUCAUCAACUGUCCAACCAGUAAUGCAGCUGGAAACCUAGUUUUCAAGAUUCACCAUUCACUUGGCGAUGGCUAUUCUUUGAUGGGUGUUCUUAUUUCCAGCAUGACAAGAGCACAUGAUCCUUCUCUUCCUUUAACUUUUCCUUCAAGGAAAGUCAAGUUAGAGCAAUCAGGGCACAUUCUAGGUCGUGUGUAUCAGUUUUUGUUCUCAUCUAUGAAUACUGUAUUGGAUUUUGGUGGGAACAUAAUGAAAAGCAGUGUCCUUGAAGACCACUUGACACCCAUAAGAUCUGGCGGUGAUGGUGUGGAGUUUAGGACAUUUGCAAUACGAACAUUCACAUUCUCUCUUCAUCAAAUCAAGCAAAUCAAAGCCAAACUCGGAGUGACGGUCAACGAUGUGAUUACGGGAAUGAUCUUCUUAGGACUUCGAUUAUAUAUGCAAGAGACUUGUCCGGACUCAACCAACUCAAACUCGACGGCAUUGGUUUUGAUCAACACAAGGAUGGUUGAAAAUUACAAGUCUGUGCAAGACAUGUUGAAGCCCAAUAACUCAAAUGCUCCAUGGGGGAAUCGAUUUGCGUUCUUGCAUAUAGACAUUCCCAAAGCCACUGAGUAUGAGCUUUCAAACCCACUCCAAUUCAUCAAAGCCGCACAAAAAAUGAUCAAGAGAAAGAGAUAUUCUUCAGCUGUUUUCCUUGUUGGCAAGCUAAUGGAGAUGAUACACAAGCUGAGGGGCCCAGAGGUAGCAGCCAAAUUUAUGUACAAGACGGCGCAAAAUACAAGCUUAAGCAUAUCUAACAUGAUGGGGCCAAGGGAGAAAAUGGCUAUGUGUGGUCACCCAGUAAAAGGAGUCUACUUUACCGUCGUUGGUAUACCUCAGAGUUUGAUGAUAACAGUGAUAAGCUACAUGGAACAAUUGAGAAUUACCAUUCUGAGCGAGAAAGAAUUUAUAGAUGAGGAGAAACUCACGUCUUGCAUGGAAAAGGCUUUUGAGAACAUACACGAGGCUUCCAUGGAGCUUUCCAUUUAGACAUUAUCCACUAAAGCUAUCUAUCUUUUUUUUUUCCUUAAUUAAUAGGAUUUUGAGUUUUCCUUAAGGUUGAUCAUGAUUGUGUGUAUGUCAUAACACCGCGUAAUUUGAAAGGUAUGACUAUAACACUGAAUAUAUCUGUUUUA